AUGCUUCUUUCUCGCCAAUCUCAAAUUUUGGUUUUCAAAGUUGCACCAACUCUGGCACAAACUGCUCAUUUGUCGAGUGCUGACUACUCAACCAACUUAAAGGAAGUGCUAGCUAAGAAAAUUCCUGAACAUAACAAAAAAGUUGUUGCGUUUAGAAAAGAGCAUGGUGGUAGCGUUAUUCAAAAGAUUACCGUGGACAUGGUACGUUUUUUUAAUAUACUUGUUUUUUAUUUAGACUUUUUAGGUAUAUGUUUUGUAAAUGUACAUAAUAUUUGUAUUUUAGGUGUACGGUGGAAUGCGAUCUAUGAAAGGAAUGGUAACUGAAACGUCUGUGUUGGAUCCAGAAGAAGGCAUCCGAUUUCGCGGAUAUUCGAUUCCUGAUUGCCAAGAGCUGUUGCCAAAGGCUCCUGGUGGACAAGAGCCUCUUCCUGAAGCUAUCUGGUGGUUACUGUGUACCGGCGAAAUUCCAGAUCAAAAACAAGUUGAAGCUAUCUCGAAAGAAUGGGCUCAACGUGCUGAACUCCCAGAGCACGUUGUUACUACCUUGAACAACUUCCCAUCUCAUCUUCAUCCAAUGGCUCAAUUUACUGCUGCUGUUGCCGCUUUACAGUCAGAGUCAAAGUUUGCUCAAGCUUACGCUAAGGGUGUGCACAAGACCAGCUACUGGGAAUACACUUAUGAAGACUCAAUGAAUUUGCUGGCUAAGCUUCCAACUGUUGCUGCUACGAUUUACAAAAACAUUUAUCGUGACGGUGUGUCUGUUUCUCCGAUUGACCCAAAGCUGGACUGGUCGGCCAAUUUUGCCAAUCAGUUAGGUUAUACUGAUCCACAGUUUGUGGAACUUUUGAGAUUAUACUUGGUUAUUCACAGUGAUCACGAAGGUGGCAAUGUAUCUGCUCACACAUCUCACUUGGUUGGAUCUGCUUUGUCUGAUGCAUACUACUCGUUCUCAGCUGCGAUGGCUGGAUUGGCAGGACCACUCCACGGUUUAGCUAAUCAAGAGGUUUUGAUCUUUUUAAAAAAGUUGAUCGGGGAAGUUGGUGAAGAUUAUAAUGAACACAAACUCAAGGACUGGAUUUGGAAUCAUUUGAAGAGCGGCCAGGUUUGUUUUUAAUUGUGAAUCCGCAAUUGUAUAUGAAUGAAUUUAUUUUGUUUAAAAUUUUCGAUUAUUUUAUAACCUAUUUUUAGGUCGUUCCUGGCUAUGGUCACGCCGUUCUUCGCAAAACUGAUCCUCGUUACACUUGUCAACGUGAAUUCGCAUUGAAGCAUUUGCCUAAUGACAAAAUGUUCAAGUUGGUUAGCGACGUGUACAAGGUUACUCCUGACAUACUGUUGGAACAAGGAAAGGCCAAAAACCCAUGGCCGAACGUGGAUGCCCAUUCAGGUGUGCUUCUUCAACACUAUGGUCUUACUGAAAUGAACUACUAUACAGUACUUUUUGGUGUGUCUCGUGCUUUGGGAUGUUUGUCUCAAUUGAUCUGGGCUAGAGGUAUGGGACUUCCAUUAGAACGACCAAAGUCUCAUUCCACCGAAGGUCUGCAGAAGUUGGUGAAAGCCGCUUAA